UGAUCAGUCGCUUGAGUGGAUGGUGACAGUGGCGAGUGCAGCCUCACUCGCUACUCUAUCACGGCUAUCAGCGCAUCAGUAGUUGGACACGACUCAACUUUCUAUGAACUAAUAAAUUAGUCAACUUGGGAGAAUACAGAGGCUCGCUUCCCGCUACCUGUGGAGCUUCUGAUGCCAAGAUAGUGGAUGAUGAGACGAACGGGUUCCCACGGGGCUCUCGAAUACGAGCCCGAUGACGGAAGCUCCCGUACACUUGGGAUAGGCCGGCGACCUGAUGAUGUGAUCCAUCGGAUUUCCUUUUAUUCCCUUCUUCUGAUAGUCUUGCAGACUUCUCUAGAAAAACUGACAAACCGGGGCAUGACCAACACGGGCGGCCACUUCAAGACGAGGCGACGGCCUUGUCCGACCAUCCCUGGCACGGAAUGUUUGCAAGAUAGACAUCAUAGUGGUGACACAGUCCAACCCAAGCUCGGGGAUGUCCAACCCGUUCGCCACCGCAGCAGUGAAGAAGGCCGUGGCUCCUGUAAACAAUGUAGAAGAAGGCUGACUGAACACUCUCAUCGGCUCCGCCUUCCCGGACACGGGACCGGGAAUUUAUGGGGACACGGCGGGGCGGUAAGUGCGCCAAGCAGAGUCCAUCCCAUAUCGGGAUGCCAAGUGGGGAGCUCAGCCCGGCGGUCUCGGCUUUCGCGAUGCUGGCGGCGGGAGGAAGCGUGGGAACGGGAAGAGAGAGUGUGGCUGAUGAGCGGGACACAGCGGGACACAGCAGGAAGGCACUGGUUGGGGUUGGUUCCCCGGACCAAGCCGAUGGGCCAGCCUCGCGGCGUCGACCGUUAAACCCGUUCUUGCAAGAGCAAGCAGGAGCACGAGACAGUUGUCGGCAGGCGCCGCCAGCCUUCUCCCCCAAGCAUGCAACCUCAUCUCGGCCUCUGAUAGGCAGCAGCCGGAAAUGUCAGAUUGCUUGGGUUCCACCUUCCACUUCGCGUUUCAUGGCACCGCAUGGGAACAGCGCCUCAUGCAGCUCCAGCU